AUGAAAUACAAGGGGAGCAAAGGGGUCGAGAUGAGGGGGCCGAGAUGGGUUGAAGCUGAGUCUAAUAGGGGAGGUGGUGCGGCGUCGACGGCAGCUGCGUCGGCCAGAGAAGCAGCAUCCAGAAGCGAUGGCCGCAGUCCGACUCCCGGUGGCGGAGAAGACACCGAAGCACCCCCUCCACCCCCAGAGGACGACGACUCUGGUGCCGUUGUUGGUGGUGGUUCUAUGUUAGACUUUGGACAACAGGCGACACUUCCUAGCUGUGCAGCUGUUCCUGGAGGACCGACUAUGUCCGCCAACAGCUACAAAAGCACAAGUCGAGCUUCCUGGGCUGAUCAGUCUAUCACUCCUGCGCAGUCGUCCGCGGUUCCGCGUCCACCUCCUGCACCGUCAACCACUCGUGUUGAUAACUACGCUGCUGCUCCUAGUAGUGGCGGUCUCAUUCCAUUGAGGCCACCAAUACCACCAGGGGCUAUCAAUUCGAAUGGAGUGCUUGGCGGGACAUCAUCUGGUUCUGGUGUACCAGUAAUGAUCGGAGAUAACUCGGCGUCAUCAAUGAGUGAAGAUAUCAGUAGUUUGUUGGCUGCGCCGCUCGGACUACCUUCGCUAAUGCGAACAACAACAAGUAGUACUGGUGGAGGACCAGGAGGAGGCGUUACUGGUGGUGUCGGUGUCGGAACAAUGCAACCACAAACAGGUAGUUGCACAACCUCUUCAUCCUCAUCAACUGGAUGUGGACCUCCAACACUGAGUAAUAACGCCACAACCUCGAGUACAACGACGAAUGCACCAACGAGUUGUACAUCCUUGCAACUCUCCUCGACAUCGAGCGGAAGUACUAGCACAGGAAAUCUUGGAGGUUGUCUCGCGCCAACAUCAUCCCUGUGUUCCAAUCCGCUGUUGCAGCAGGGCACUCUGUCGCAAACAGAGUCGAAUCCGGGAGGUCCUCUUCUAGGAGAGGAAAACGACCAAAUGGGCAUAAUUCCCAAGGACCAUACGGUGAUAGGCACAAUGGAUAGCCGAGGUGGGAUCACGCUUUUCAACAACGCGCCGUACGUGCUCAAUGGAGUUCAACCUGCUGUAGUGGGUGGACCACUUGGAACAACAACAGGAUGUGUCGGAAGUAACACCCAAUAUUCUUUUGUUCCUGCAGGCGUUGUGCCGCAACAGGGUGGACUACAGCAGCAGCUCGUGCAGGUGCCACCUGGUUACACACUAGUACCGACCUCGCACAUGGCCUAUCCACCGAUGGGAGCACCGCCGGGGGGCUCGUAA